AUGGAGGUUGUUCUUGCUGUGGUCUUGGCGGGCAUUUCUGUGGUUGGCGCGUCCAAUCCUCGAUACACCUACUCCUUCACCCCGCCAUACACGUCACCAACUUUGUUUAAGGUCCCCAUUCAGUACAACUACGACUUCGCUGUCAGUGACCGAGCGUCUAGCACCCACCUCGGUCACCAGGAGACUCGUAACGGCUACGACACCAAGGGGUCGUAUUCCGUGUUGCUCCCCGAUGGUCGAGUACAGCAGGUGACCUACACUGUCAACGGUGACUCCGGCUACGUGGCCGAAGUCACCUACUACGGAGAUGCGAGAUACCCAGCUUACCAGCCUGGGUACAGAUCUCUUUCAGUGUACAACCCUAUUACAGGAUACAAACCUAUUCCAGCAUACAGACACGUUCCAGCCUUUCCGAAACAUUCCAGCCUACAGUCCCCUUACUAUGUAUAG